AAUGGAAUUCUGAAUUUUUUAGAAGGAACAUUGUCGCACAUUUUUGUGGAAUAAUUAGUCGUGGGCUCCAUACAAAUUUUGUCGCCACGACGGAAUAUCUCGAGACGGUCCCCUACGUAUGCGUAGGCUCGGCCCAGAACCAGUAACAGAAAAACUGUGUUAAUCUUUUUUAUAAGAGCAAAGUGGGUAUCGAUUUCUGUGUUUAUUUUAGCUCACACAUUCUGAGCUAAAAGAUUAUUUCAUCUGCAAUGUCAACUCCACUCAUUCCACAAAUCAAGCUGGGAAGUCAAGGAUUACAGGUUUCUAAGUUGGGAUAUGGGUGCAUGGGACUUUCUGGAAUGUACAAUAAACCUCUCCCUGAGGAAGAUGGAAUUUCCAUGAUUAAGUAUGCCUUUGAGAAAGGCAUCACCUUUUUUGAUACAGCAGAUGUAUAUGGCUUGACUGCCAACGAAAUAAUUGUUGGGAAGGCGUUAAAGCAACUCCCCCGUGAAAAAAUUCAGAUCGCAACCAAGUUUGGGAUUGUAAUUACUGAGGAUAGAACUAUGUGUGUCAAGGGUUCUCCAGAGUAUGUUCGGAAAUGUUGUGAAGCAAGUCUUAAACGUCUUGAUGUGGAGUACAUCGAUCUUUAUUAUCAGCAUAGGAUAGAUACAUCAAUUCCAAUUGAAGACACGAUUGGAGAACUCAAAAAACUUGUUGAAGAGGGGAAAAUAAAAUAUAUUGGACUAUCAGAAGCCAGUGCUGACACCAUUAGAAGAGCGCAUGCAGUACAUCCUAUUACUGCAAUUCAGCUUGAAUGGUCUGUUUGGACUCGUGACAUAGAGGAAGAGAUAAUCCCUGAAUGCAGGAAAUUAGGAAUUGGUAUAGUACCAUAUGGUCCUCUUGGUUCUGGAUUCUUCGCUGGAAAAGCAAUCGUGGAGAAAUUAUCAACAGAUAGCUUACUGGUUAAUCAUCCACGAUUUAAAGGUGAAAAUUUUGAGAGGAACAAAGUUUUCUACAACCGCCUUGCAGAUUUAGCCAAUAGGCAUGGGUGUACACCUGGUCAACUUGCUCUUGCAUGGGUUCUGCAUCAAGGGGAUGAUGUUGUUCCCAUUCCUGGAACUACUAAGACCAAGAACCUAGAUGAGAAUAUUGGAUCCUUGAACGUAAAACUCUCUCGAGCAGAUCUGCAAGAAAUUGCCGAUUCAUUGCCACCUGAUGAAAUUGCAGGUUCCCGAAGUCCUGAUAUUGUCCGGAAUUUGACAUGGAGAUCUUCAGAUACCCCACAGAAAUCCUAGAGUGGAUAAUUCCUUCAGCACAACGACUACACUAGCAUAUAAUUGAUAAAAAAAUCUUUGUUCAAAUAUAUACUUGGUUGGGGUUAUGCUAGUUUUAGAAAGGUUUGGUUAACUAUAUACUUAUUUCCUGUACAUCUUAAUUUGGAAAAGAAAUUGGAAAAAUAUUCAAGACU